AUGAUUGGACUCGGGCUCGGUGAUGCCAAGGAUAUCACGGUCAAGGGCCUGGAGGCUGUGCGGACGUGCGCGCGGGUGUAUCUGGAGGCGUACACGUCCGUGCUCGGAGCGUCCAAGGAGGAGCUCGAGGCGUUCUACGGGGUGGAGGUUAUUGUGGCGGACCGCGAGCUGGUCGAGUCCGGGGCGGAUGAUACCCUCAUCGAGCCGGCCAAGGAGGAGAACAUCGGGUUCCUGGUGGUGGGCGAUCCGUUUGGCGCCACCACCCAUACCGACCUCGUCGUCCGCGCCCGGGCCGCAGGCGUCACCGUCUCGGUCAUCCACAACGCGUCCAUCAUGAACGCCGCCGGCGCGUGCGGCCUGCAGCUGUACAACUUUGGCCUCACCGUUUCGGUCGUCUUCUUCACCGAGACCUGGCGCCCGGACUCGUUCUACAACAAGGUCAAGAUCAACGCCGCCGCCGGCCUGCACACCCUCUGCCUCCUCGACAUCAAGAUGAAGGAGAUCUCCGACGAGAACCUCGCCAAGGGCCGCAUGAUCUACGACCCGCCGCGGUUCAUGACCGUCAAUCAGUGCCUCUCGCAGUUCCUCGAGGUCGAGGAGAAGUACGGCGAGGGCAUCCUCACCGCCGAUACCCAGGUCGUCGCCCUCGCCCGCGUCGGCCAGGAGACCCAGGUCAUCGCCGCCGGCUCCAUCGCCGAGCUCCUCCCGCUCGACUUUGGCCCGCCGCUGCACUCGCUCGUUGUCGUCGGCGAGACCCAUUUUCUGGAGGACGAGAUUCUCGCUGGCCUCUCUCAGACCGCCGAGCUCAAGCCGCUCGCCGACGGCGCCAACGACGACGUCGAGGCCGGCUCGACCGCCGACGCCAUUGCCGUCGCUGCCGACGGUGCCGAGUAA